AUGUAUCCAAAUAUUGGUCAAGGCAAUCCACAACCAUCAGCACCACCACAACCACCAUCGUCAUCAAAUCCUUCGGCGUUAGGAAAUACAGGUGGAUCACAACCUAUUGGAUUCUCCAGUAUGAUGGCACAACCAUCAAAUCAACAACCACCGUACCCAUCAGGUCCUCAGGCAUCAUUGCCACCUUAUAACAAUCCUUAUGGAUCAAAUAAUCAACCACCGAAACAAGGCAAUUUUUCGUCUUACUCUCUUCCACAAUUAUCAUUAGAUAAAUGUUCAAUAUCUGUUUUAUUUCUUUCAGGAGGUGGUGGUUAUCAACAAGGACCGUAUCCGCCUCAAUCGAAUCCAUAUUCGAAUUCUAAUCAACCAUCUGGAUUCCCUGGUAAUAAUCAGCCACCACCAAGUAAUAGCGGCUAUCAAAAUCCAUAUGGCCCAUCAAACUCCUAUCCACCACAGCAAGGUUUUCCGAACAAUCAGAAUCCCUAUCGACCAUCGAAUCCCUAUCUUCCUCAGCAAGGUAAUUCUAAUUAUCAAAAUCCAUACGGUCCUCAACAAGGUGGCUAUCCUCCACAACAACAACAACAACCACCACCACCACCACCAUAUCAAAGUCCAUAUAAUGCUAACCCACAACAAAAUCAAGGCGGUUAUGGAGGCUAUUCACCUUAUAACCAACAGCAACAACAACAACAACAACCAUAUCAAACUGUAGUGUAUCUUAUACGAAUACGAUUUUUAUGUGUAGGUCCGGGAUAUAAUGCUAAUUCAUAUGGAGGACCAGGACAAAUGAAUGAACGUCUUCGUGCGAUAGCAGGUCGAUAUGAAAUCGGUGAUCAACUGGCUCAGCGACUGAAUAUUCUUCAACAAUUCGAAAUUGUCGUUCUUUGUGACGAUUCCGGUUCUAUGAAUACGCCAGUUGACGGAACGAACGGCACACGAUGGGAUGAACUACGAUCUAUUGUACAAAUCGUUAUUGAAAUCGGUACUGUAUUCGAUUCGAAUGGUGUCGAUGUUCACUUUCUCAACCGUCGACCUAUGCUGAACGUAACCGAUACUCGACAAGUUAUUGAAUCUUUCAGUGAACGCCCCAGUGGUCUAACACCGCUGACAUCAGCUCUACGCCGUAUAUUUCAAUCAGCAGCAAGCAAACCUGGUAGUGACAAGCGUCUACUUGUCUUCGUUGCAACUGAUGGCGCACCAACCGAUGCCAAUGGUAAUGUUGACAUACAAAGUUUAGAAAAUUUGAUGCGCAAUGAACGUCAAGCAAACACAACCUAUGUAACAUUUCUUGCGUGUACCGAUGACGAAUCCAGCGUAUCCUAUUUAUCACAAUGGGAUCGUAAUAUGAUGAAUGUAGAUGUUGUUGAUGAUUAUAAGAGUGAACGAGAAGAAAUUCGUCGCACACGUGGACCGAAUUUUCCAUUUUCAUUUGGAGAUUACGUUGCCAAAGCUUUACUUGGCUCCGUUGACACACAAAUGGAUCAACUUGAUGAAUGGGGAAAUAACAAUAACAAUAACUAUCGGCGAUUUUAA